AUGGCCUCCAUUAAAGAAAGAGCUGCGGCGCUGAACCUUGCAGAGAAACUGUGUGUGCGUCCUCAGGCACAUGGAGUGGCCAGCAAACCAGUGCAGUCCUGCUCCAUGUGGAGUGGCCUCAUCUCCCACCUCAGGUCCUCCGUGACAGUGAAGUGUCGACGAGUCCACCUCAGGUCUCACAGCGACUGUUUCCUCGGCUCAGAGGCUGUCGAUGUGGUGGCAGAACACAUAAAUCGUGUCAAAGGCUUUGAGGGCGCCAGUUUGUCACGGGACAAAGUGGUGUGUGUGUGCCAGGCUCUGCUGGACUGUAACGUGUUUGAGGCAGUGGGAACCAAAGUGUUUGGCAAAGACAAGAAGCAGGAUGUGUAUCAGGACAGUAAGAGUGCUCUCUACAGGUUUGUAGGUGUGUGCACUCCUUCAGUGGAAGACCUGGAAAGGGGUGCGCUCAUGAAUGGCAUCCAAAAACUCCUCUGCAGCGCUCCUUCAGACAGGCAGGAAGAGCAGACGUGUCCCACUGGGCCACAUGUUCAGACGUCCACCCCUGUCGAAGUUACUCAGACAUCCGUAAAAGCCAACCAGCUGGACACUCCGGCCGCUGCCUGCCUGUCAGUGGAGCCUCUGGUGGACAGUCUGUCUCUGAGUCCCAGCAGAGUCCAGACUGACACUGUCUUACCACAGUCAUUGGUCGACGAGGUGUGGCAGGAGCAGACCCUGCUCAGGCUGUUAAACCUGGUGGAGCUCCCCCUGUUGGAAGGCGUCCUCCAGUGCUGCCAGACCCCACCCUCUCCUCACUUAAACACGCCGGCUCGCAGCAAACCCGACCUGAUCUACAGCAGCAACCGCCUGGACAGGCAGAUCCUGAAGGCCUUCAGGGACUCUCAGGAAGAUGAGUGGCUCUGUACGGCUCUGGACUGUCUGGACUUCCUCCCUGAUCAGCCAGUGGUGGAGCUGAGCAGAGAGCUGCCGCACUGUUUCCUGCGGGACAGCUGUGAGGAGGUACCAGCUGGUAGCUGCUCACAAGAUGGAGUGCAGCCUUUGAGUUCAGCGUGCACCCCGGUCAACAGCAGUGAUGAGCACCCUCAUCUCUCCCCGAGUGGCUUGGCCCAGUGUAAGCUGCUGCUGUAUGGGACCCUGGUGCAACACUACAGCCACACAGACAGGCCUCCACUGCUGCCGCAGCACAUGGCUGACAUCUACACAGCCAUCACCGACCUGCUGGGCCAUGCUAAGUUGUGCACGGCUCUCGAGGCUCUGCAGCUCUGUCUGAAGCUGCUGCCUCCAGCCUGUAGAGAUGAGCUGCGCAGGCUGCUAACGUUCAUGGCUCUGGCAGCAGACCCCCAAGGGAUAAAACUGGACAAGGAGGUGGAGAACAGACUGGCAGUCAAGAGGUCUUUCUCUAGGGCAAUCCUCCAUAACAAGGCUCUUUCAAAGGACAAAGAGGACCUGAUGGUGGUCUUCAUGCUCAGCAACAUAAAGGAAAUCUUCAAGAUACCAGGCGCUCUGCACAAAGGAGUGAGUGACAAGCUGGCCAGCCUGGUGCAGGGGAAGCAGCCCGACGUGACUGGCUCUACCUUCUGUCAGCAGGUCCCCAGCAGGACUUACACCCACUCUGCAAAAAAUAACACCAACCAGGAACUGUGGGCGCUGCUAAACAGCAUCCACCUGGACACCAAGAUUUCUGCCAAGGAGAGGAAGCGCCUGCUCGGGCAGUUUUACCAAGCCCACCCAGAGAUAUUUAACCAGUACUUUGGUGAAUCUGCUGUUAGCGUGCUGUAG